AGGGGCAAGAUGUUUUCUUCAUUUUCUAAGUUCAUCCUUCAGGUGGAUAUUGUGUUAUCAUGUGUUGUCCUUGCUGUAGUGGAAAAACUGAUAGAAAAAGAGUUCAUUUGUCCUUGCAACCCAGAUAACAAUUUAGUUUUCUGUGGGCUUGUGAGUAGUUCAGGUAUCAUAAUUAUCUGUCUUACUAUGCUCAUCCAAUUCCAUCAUUACACAAAACUGCUGAAAAAGGAAAAAGAAGAAAACAAAGAAGAAGCUAAAGAUGAAGAAAAGAAAAAAAAAAGAAGAAACAUGAAAAUAUGUUACGCAUGUAUUGUUGUCUUGUCAUGUUGUAUCUCCAUAUUCACUUGGCUCACACUGUGGUACUCAGAGGGACACUACUAUCUAUGUCAGAAGAGCGAUUUGGAUGGUGUUUGGACAGCGUCUGACUCCUUGAAAGGAAUGCCUACAAAGUGGUGCGAACCGGAUCAUAGUAACCAAACUCUACAUAAAGAAGGAAUAAUUAAAUCAACCAAGCUGUUCAAUUAUUCUCAGAGAGUGUCCAUAGGGCUGUUUAUUACCCUUGCUUUGUUGAUAGUGGUCUACAUCGUUUUGCUGAUUUAUGUGGGUUGGCAAAAUGAAGAGAAGGAUCAGCAGACAGAGAACAAUGCAGAAAGAAUGCCAUUGAAUCAACAGCAGUCAGACCAAAGUGAAGGGGAGUCAUUGAGAUCCCCAUUGCCAUACCCAUUGCCACUCAGUCAGGGUACAGGGGGAAUGCAGCCUGACGUGGACUGUGCUGCGAGGGAUGUGUCACCAAGUGCAUCGCCAGUUGCUGAACUGCAGCUGGAGGCAGCAUCGGCUGUAACUGCUCCAGAGCAGCAAGCACUGGAGGCUCAACAGGAGGGGAAUGGGGACUGGCAUACCGAGCCAAGCCUUGAAACCGGAGUGCAGAACCCAGAGGGAGCCAGUGAGGCCAGUCAGGGUUCAGGGGGAAUGCAGCCUGACGUGGACAGUGCUGCGAGGGAUGUGUCACCAAGUGCAUCGCCAGUUGCUGAACUGCAGCUGGAGGCGGAAUCAGCUGUAGCUGUUCCAGAGCAGCAAGCACUGGAGGCUCAACAGGAGGGGAAUGGGGACGGGCAUACCGAGCCAAGCCUUGAAACCGGAGUGCAGAACCCAGAGGGAGCCAGUGAGGCCAGUCAGGGUACAGGGGGAAUGCAGCCUGACGUGGACUGUGCUGCGAGGGAUGUGGCACCAAGUGCAUCGCCAGUUGCUGAACUGCAGCUGGAGGCGGCAUCGGCUGUAGCUGUUCCAGAGCAGCAAGCACUGGAGGCUCAACAGGAGGGGAAUGGGGACUGGCAUACCGAGCCAAGCCUUGAAACCGGAGUGCAGAACCCAGAGGGAGCCAGUGAGGCCAGUCAGGGUACAGGGGGAAUGCAGCCUGACGUGGACAGUGCUGCGAGGGAUGUGUCACCAAGUGCAUCGCCAGUUGCUGAACUGCAGCUGGAGGCGGCAUCGGCUGUAGCUGUUCCAGAGCAGCAAGCACUGGAGGCUCAACAGGAGGGGAAUGGGGACUGGCAUACCGAGCCAAGCCUUGAAACCGGAGUGCAGAACCCAGAGGGAGCCAGUGAGGUGGGGAUGGGUGAUGGUGCCCGAUAGGGGUGUGAAGCGGAGCAAUCAUUCACAUUUGUAUUUGUAUCUGUAUUUGGAUAGAACCAGGAAAUGAGCGGGGCUUAAACCGGAAGUGCGUUCAAAUUAUGUUGAAAUUUAAAAAAACAAAACCCAUUUAGGAAAUAACUACACAAAUGAUAAAA